AUGGGUUAUAGGUCAACUAAGAAGAAAGGUAUUAAAAAGAAAGCCAAGGAAAGAGGUAAAGCGAAGGAAAGAGGUACAGCCAAGAAAAACGAUACAGCCAAGGAAAUAGGUACAGCCAAGGAAAGAGGUAAAGCGAAGGAAAGAGGUACAGCCAAGAAAAGAGGUACAGCCAAGGAAAGAGGUACAGCCAAGAAAAUAGGUACAGCCAAGAAAAACGAUACAGCCAAGGAAAUAGGUACAGCCAAGAAAAUAGGUAAAGCCAAGAAAAGAGGUACAGCCAAGGAAAGAGGUACAGCCAAGAAAAGAGGUACAGCCAAGGAAAGAGGUACAGUCAAGAAAAACGGUACAGCCAAGGAAAGAGGUACAGCCAAGGAAAGAGGUACAGACAAGAAAAACGGUACAGCCAAGAAAAGAGGUACAGCCAAGAAAAACGGUACAGCCAAGAAAAGAGGUACAGCCAAGAAAAACGGUACAGCCAAGGAAAGAGGUAGUUAA